CGGCGCAGGGGGGGCGGGCGCGCGCAAGCCCCGCCCGGGACUUUAAAGCGCCAUUUUGUGCUGGGCGCAGGACAUCGAUCGCUGCUCACACCCGGCGGGCGCCCGGCGGCGGCCGGAGCCUGCCUUCGGCACUGCCUCCGCACUGCCUUCUCGGCGUCUGUCCCGCCACCCCGUCCCGCUGCCUCCAUGACCCGCAGUAGGAAGCAGGCGGCGCUGGAGAGAGGAGCCGGGAAGAUGAACACAGAAGCGGGGAGCGCCGCGGCCGCGGGAGCCCGGGCGGCGACGGCGGCGGCAGCAGGGGCAGGGGCAGCCGGCGGCGAACCGGCAGCCGCCGCCUGGGGGCUGGAGGGGGAGGCGGAGAAAGUUGUGUACUCGCGCUCGCAGGUCUCCUUCGCCGGUACCAAGGCGCUGGGCGACGCCCUCAAGCUCUUCAUGCCCAAGUCCACGGAGUUCAUGAGCUCCGACUCGGAGCUGUGGAACUUCCUCUGCAGCCUCAAGCACGAGUUCUCCCCGGUGAUCCUCCGCAGUAAGGACGUUUACGGAUACUCCUCCUGCCGCGCCGUCGUCCCCGACCCGCCGCCGCCCUCGGAGCGGCCUCGCCGCCGCGCCGGCAAGCGGCGCCUCCCGGCCGCCGACGCCAAGCGCCGGGCCGGGGCGGCGGGCGGCAGCGCCAAGCGGCGGCGGCGGCGGCGGCGCCGCAGGAGGGAGCGGGGCAGGCAGCGGCCCGCGGCCGGUGGCCCCCGCACCCAGGAGGAGGAGGAGGCGGCGGAGGCGCCGGGCGAGCAGGCGGACAGCGAGCAGGGCAGCCCGGCGGCGGCCGCCUGGGAGCCGUUCGGCGGCAAGUCGCUGGAGGAGAUCUGGAAGGCGGCAACCCCCCGCCUCACCACGUUCCCCACCAUCCGUGUGCGGGGCAGCAUGUGGAACCGGCGGAGCCUGGCGGCGGCGCGGCGGCGGGCGCAGCGGAUCCUCGGCGUGGACCUGUCCCCCGUGGUGCGGGUGCGCCGCUUCCCCGUGGCACCGUCCUGAGCCUGCGGGGGUUCCGCUCCCCGCGCCUCACCUUGGCCGCGGUGCGGACAAAGAGACCGGUAUCAGUCACCUGUUUACAUUGCUUUUGUCUGGAUCGUGUUCUGCUGCUGCACUUUACGGCCCGCUCGGGCGGCGCCGGGCCCCCCGCUGCAAGGGGGGCGGCCUGCCGGGCCCCGGCCUCGCCCCGGGGUGGGACCGCCUGGCAGGUAUCACGCGUGGGGACCAAGUUCCACUUCCACUUUUUUUUCUCUCCCAUUGGGCUACCUCACUGGUCCAGAAGUCCACCCAAGAAGUUAUUUUCCAAAGGAACUUACUUUCAUGCUUGUAUAAUAAAGCACCAUCUGAUUCUUGCUAUUUCUUUUUUCCCUUUCCCCCCUUCCCCUUUUCUGAUGGAUUAUGUAUGCUUUGUGGUGUUGCACUAGUAUGUGCUCAGGGUAUUUCGAAUCCCAAGCAUUCCCAAGUUUCAGUUUACUCUGAUAAAGGAUGCGUAAAGAAUGGAGGUUCAGGACUUGUGGCUGUUCUUGAUGGUGCAAAAACUUUUUAAAUUUUAAUUUCAUGAGCUUAGUGAUAUAUAAAGAUGUAUCGCGCAGUAUAAUUGUUACACUUUUGUAUCUAAAGUCAUUUUUAAAGUUUUCUAGUUGAACUAAGUAUUUGUUUCUAUGGAGCACCUAAAGAUAGAAUCAUCCUGAUAUUUUAUAACCGUGUUUACUUUAGGGAAGCUCAUUUGGUCAACCUAAGUGAACUUAAUAAAAGUCAAAGAACAAAUGGUGUUUCAGUUCAAUGAAACUGCUCAGGCAUGGGUUCCUGAUGAAGUACACCACCACUGAGGCACUCUAUGUCAGUGAGCUCUGGCUUUGAGAAGAAUGUAACUGCUUAUCAAAGCAGUGUAUAUGUGUCUGGAGGUGAACUAUGAUCCAGUGUUGGUGCUGACAGCUGAAGUCAGUAGCUUGCAUGACACAAAUAUCACACUGAAGUGCCUCUCUGCUAAAAGAAUAAGACUUGAUAUCUGGUCACUCGAUAACAAACUAGUACUCAUUGUCCUGUGGUUGUGAGAUGGUUAAUAAUGGAUAAUCGUGUUUAAUAUAAUUACUUGCACAUAAUUACUUUUUUAAACCUUUCAUGGGUUCCACAGUAGACUGAUGAAAAAUUCAUGAUGUAGCUUGAUUAUUUUGACUGAAAAAUAACAUGUAGUCAUCCUAUGUGAUAGGCAGUCUCUCUUUAAACUGAUUUAUUAAAGAUUUUUUUUUAGCUCUUA